AUGCGGCUUUCCAGGCCGCAACGCGCAUCCCAACGGCCGGCCCACGUGUGGAAAUGGAAGUGGCAGGAUGAUCACCAGUCGGCCAAGAAUUGGCGGCAGCUCGUCGCCCACACCCUAGAGCUACGUCGGAAUCUUCGUCGUGGCGAGAAGGAUCCGGUGGUCCCGCUGUCUCGUUUGGAAUCCAACGCGCCAGUUUCCAAAGCCGAGUCCUUUCUCAUCUCUCAGCCCUGGUUCAUCUUCCAACUCGAGAUGGCCGAGGAUCAUGAGCGGUACGAAAGGAUUGAAAGCCUCGAUAAACGGCGAUAUCCGCACGAAGGCCAGAAGUACCACCCCCCUCCCCAGUUCGACGCCGACCAUGAUGGCAACCCGUUCGACUCCAUGGACUUGACCCCCUCUGAGGCCGAUGUGCUCGAGGUCAUUGAUCUCCCCGCUCCUGAACAGCCCGAGAAGUUUUGGGCUACGUGGAAAGGUGAUCCGCCGCCUUACUUCCCUGGGCACAUGAGAAACCCCCGCGGGGGCGUCCCACUUGAAUCACUGCACGCCCCUAGGACGAAUUACCGGACCCUCCUGUCCCUGUUAUCUGGGAAUAUUAAGAAGAAGAAGAAGAAGAAGAAGAAGAAGAAGAAGAAGAAGAAGAAGAAGAAGAAGAAGAAGAAAACGCCGCCUCGUGCUGCUUGA